ACGUGUUACGUUGGCUCAACAGUGAUUGGAGUAUAUUCUCUAGAUACGCGAUAUUCUGUGCCAAAACAGCAGCAAGUGUCACGUGCAGAUAUAUGAAAUUUCCGAGCCAAAUAAAACUAUCAACUUUGAUGUUGUGUUCUGUAAGAGUUAAAUAUUCAGAAAGGAUAUCAUCAGAGAAAAGAAGGAAGAAAACUUAAAUAUAAACAUGGUAGAGCUUACAUAAUGCUCUAUUUUCUAAUGUGAAUACUUUAAAUAUCUAAAAGUAACAGUCGUUAGGAUAUAAGUAUGAGCUCUAAUAAAAAUUUGCAACAUGUUACACAAAGCCUGAGGGAGGAAAAGAAUAAUCUUCUAGCUGUAUAUCACAUACUAAAAUUCUCCAAACAAGAUAAAGAUAAUUUUGAAGUUGCUGAUAUUGAACGCAGAUCUCUUGCCAUGAAGUAUAUGACAGCGAAAUUAUUUGAUUCAGAAGAUACUGCAGCAGCAUUACUUAGAAACAGUCUUGAGGACUAUCACACUCUGAUGAAAGACAAGGAUGGAGUGAACAAUUAUUGGAAACAGAUUAAAUCUCAACUAUCAGAUACCAAAAAUGACCCAUUGAAAUGGAAAUCGGAAUUGGACAAUGUAGAUGAUGCAUUGAACUUUAUAAAACCUUUAGCUUGCCAAAAAAUCAAUACUUUGUCUUGUAAAGGAAAAUCUUACAAUGAUAGGGAUAUAGAGAAAUUAAUAAACGAGUCAAAAAAAAAGAAAGAUGCAUCACGAGAGAGAAAUAGAAAAAUCCCUUUACAGAUGCAAGCAAGUACUAGCAAAUUACAAGCGACUUCUAAUCAAAGGACAAAUGGAAAUAAAAUCUCAGUAAAGUCUAAUAAUGAGCAAAACAUAUCUGCAUAUUUCACAAAUAUUUCUGGAAGCAAAAGUUUUAAUAAACAUGUAAGUUAUACUGAAGAGAAUGCACCUAAACAGUCAAAUACAUACAGUCGGUCUUACCAAAAUUUAAACAAGUUUGUACAAAAAGUACCUUCUAAACCAAUCAACAACGAUGUCUAUGGUACAACUAAAAAAUUCAAACCAUCGAACAUACAUGCACCAGGAUUCAAAUCAACUACUAUUAUCCAGCAGCUUAAUGGUGAAGAUGCAGAAGCACAACAGAAUGCGAUCGAUUCAGCCUUCAGAAGUGCCAGAGAUGAAUUGUAUAUUCAAGAAAUGAAAAACAACCGAGGAGCACCGAAAAAAACUCUGGGCGGUCGAGCUACGAUUAAUUCUCAAUUUGUCUGUCCGUUCAAACGAGACAAAGAAAAGUCGGAGACUCACAAUACUCGGAUACAGAAUGGGGCUAAUAGUACAGAGGAAGUGGAGGACGAGAGGUUGAAGAACAUCGAUCCAAACAUGAUCGAACUGAUCAGGAAUGAAAUCAUGGAUUCGGACAAAUCGGUAACAUGGGACGACAUCGCGGGACUGGAAUACACCAAGAAAAUCAUCAAGGAAGUCGUGGUAUUUCCGAUGUUACGGCCGGAUAUCUUCACCGGUCUACGUCGUCCGCCCAAAGGUAUCUUGCUCUUUGGUCCGCCGGGAACUGGUAAAACUCUCAUCGGCAAAUGUAUAGCUUCACAGAGUAAAUCUACGUUCUUCUCAAUUUCUGCAAGCUCCCUCACAUCCAAAUGGAUCGGCGAAGGUGAGAAGAUGGUGCGUGCAUUGUUCGCGGUAGCUAGAGUCCAUCAGCCUUCGGUCGUCUUUAUCGAUGAAAUAGACUCCCUGCUGACGCAGAGAUCCGAGACGGAGCAUGAAAGUUCUCGGAGAUUGAAAACAGAAUUUCUCGUACAGCUAGAUGGUGCGGCGACGUCGGACGAUGACCGUAUCCUUAUCGUCGGCGCGACCAAUCGACCGCAGGAGUUGGAUGAGGCAGCGAGAAGACGUCUCGUCAAGAGACUAUACGUGCCACUGCCAGGACUAGGAGCACGUGAGCAGAUAAUAAACAAUCUAUUGGCCUCGGUGCGACAUAAUCUCACCUCAGAGGAUGUCACAAGAAUCGCGGAACGAUCCGCGGGAUAUUCUGGCGCUGAUAUGACAAAUUUAUGUAAAGAAGCCAGCAUGGAGCCGAUCAGGAGUAUUCCGUUUAGUCAAUUGGAAGAUAUCGGGAUGGAAGAGGUGAGGCAUAUUACAAAUAGUGACUUUGAAGAGGCUCUGAUCAAUGUGCGACCCAGUGUAUCGCAGUCAGACUUGAAUAUCUACAUUGAAUGGGAUCGUACUUAUGGAUCUGGUACUGCACAGACUUAUAAAGCGUAAUAAAAAAAAAAAACAGCUACAAAGUAAUGAGCUACAAUAAAUUACUAUGUAUAAAUUAUUAUGAAAUAUUGUUCAAUUUUUUAAGAUAUUUUUAUUUUUGUAACGCCGAGUAUUGUAAUAAGUACAGGGCUUUGUAUAA